AUGUCAGUGGGCUGUGCCUGUCCUGGUUGUUCCUCAAAGUCCUUCAAGCUGUACUCACCGAAGGAGCCCCCGAACGGCAACGCCUUCCCCCCCUUCCAUCCCGGCACCAUGCUAGAUCGGGAUGUGGGCCCAACUCCCAUGUACCCGCCUACAUACCUGGAGCCUGGGAUUGGGAGGCACACACCAUAUGGCAACCAAACUGACUACAGAAUAUUUGAGCUUAACAAACGGCUUCAAAACUGGACAGAGGAGUGUGACAAUCUCUGGUGGGAUGCUUUCACAACUGAGUUCUUUGAGGAUGAUGCCAUGUUAACCAUCACUUUCUGCCUGGAGGAUGGACCAAAGAGAUAUACCAUUGGCCGGACCUUGAUCCCACGCUACUUUCGCAGCAUCUUUGAAGGGGGUGCUACGGAGCUAUACUAUGUGCUUAAGCACCCUAAGGAGGCAUUCCACAGCAACUUUGUGUCCCUCGACUGUGACCAAGGCAGCAUGGUGACCCAGCAUGGCAAACCCAUGUUCACCCAGGUGUGUGUGGAGGGCCGGUUGUACCUAGAGUUCAUGUUUGACGACAUGAUGCGGAUAAAGACGUGGCACUUCAGCAUCCGGCAGCACCGAGAGCUCAUCCCCCGCAGCAUCCUUGCCAUGCAUGCCCAGGACCCCCAGAUGCUGGAUCAGCUCUCCAAAAAUAUCACCCGAUGUGGGCUGUCCAAUUCCACUCUCAACUACCUCCGACUCUGUGUGAUACUCGAGCCCAUGCAGGAGCUCAUGUCCCGUCACAAGACCUACAGCCUCAGCCCCCGUGACUGCCUCAAGACCUGCCUUUUCCAGAAGUGGCAGCGCAUGGUAGCACCCCCCGCGGAGCCUGCACGGCAGCAGCCCAGCAAGCGGCGGAAACGAAAGAUGUCAGGGGGCAGCACCAUGAGCUCGGGGGGUGGCAACACCAACAACAGCAACAGCAAGAAGAAAAGCCCAGCCAGCACCUUCGCCCUCUCCAGCCAGGUACCUGAUGUGAUGGUGGUGGGGGAGCCCACCCUGAUGGGCGGGGAGUUCGGGGACGAGGACGAGAGGCUCAUCACCCGGCUGGAGAACACCCAGUUUGACGCGGCCAACGGCAUUGACGACGAGGACAGCUUUAACAACUCCCCCGCCCUGGGCGCCAACAGCCCCUGGAACAGCAAGCCUCCAUCCAGCCAAGAAAGCAAAUCGGAGAACCCCACAUCACAGGCCUCCCAGUAGAGGCCUUGCCAUGGCCACCCAGCGCUCUGCCUGCCUGCCCCACCCCUGCAGCCCCAGGGAGCAGAAGACAGAAUGAAGAGACUGAGCAUCUAAAAUGGGCAGCCUCCAUCCACCCACUUCAGGGAGGAACUGGACUCGCUGGGGGCAGGUGCCAAGAUUUGCCCCCCAGUGGCCCUGGGCUGGGCCUGGCCUCUGCAGAGCCUUUUGGGGGAAGGGGGUACUCAUGUGGAUGCCUAUGUGGACCCUGGGCCUCUGCAAAAUGUCCUGACUGCCCUCAGGGCAUUUGCCUCCAUCUUUGCCCCAGGUUCUGGGUUCCCCAUCCUCCUGAUUUUACCCUCUUCAAGCCUGGGGUUGUUUAUCCCACAGCCCUUAGGGACUUAAUUAUGGGGCUUGGUUGAGUGCCCCUUUCCUAAACCUCCCCCUAGGUGACUGGUAGUAGAGGGGUAAAGCUCUGGCUCCUCCCUGCAGCCACCUAUCCCAGCUCCCAAGUUUUUAAAAAAAUAAUAUUAUUAAAAAUGUAAGUUUAAAAAAAUCA